GGACGACCGAGUAAAAUGUCUCUCUUCCUGGUCAUCUGGACGCUUAGGACACCGAUUGGGUGGAUGUGGGUGUGUGUUGGGGGUCAUCUCGUGCUUGCAGAAUUACUUUCCUUCUCUUCGGUGCGUCGGAGCAGAGGUUGGCCGGCGAAACCAGACCCCGGGUUUGGGGCCGCUGCUGAAAGCACAGCGGUGCGGCCCCAGGCUCCCGCGGCCAGCAGAGUGGGGGAAGGGCGGGUUUCAGCCUCCGGAGACUGGUGGAAACCCUGCGGUGACCUCGGUGGACGGUAUCAGAAGGGGAAAGGCCUGGGUUUCUCGCACCCUCCGGGGUCGGGCGGCCAGGGAAGUGGGAGGGGGCAUCGUGAGCCCACACGCUGACCCCCGCCGCUCUUGCACCACCACCUCAGAGAGAGGCCGAGAGACCGGCCAGGAGAAAGACAGACCUAAAGGGAGAGAAAGGGGCGAGAUGGCAAGCCAGAUGGAGUUCGCAGAACCACUCUUAUUCUCUCUGGUGACUUCAGGGAAUUCUUAGCGCUGGCGCCAAGCGCUCUUAACCAUGUGCGUCAAAAAUGCGAGGCUGGAAAAAUCUCGUCGCCUCAAAAGUUCCGCCCCUAUCUCGGCAGGGUUGGCCCAUAAUGGAACUGCAUUUUUCACACUCCCCCCAACUUGCUCCCACUUCGGAGUGUGGGAGCUGGGGGUUUAGGGGUACACGAGGCAAAAUGUAAGAGAGGGCUCUGCUGGUUACCUACACACAGUUACACGCACAAAACAACCCGAGCCUGGGAGUUCUUAACCCCCUAGACCCCGAAAUCAGUCCUUUCUUGGUUCCACUGGAGAAAGUUCCCAGCUUAGGAAGGGUAAUAGAAUACUGUCCCCAAGACGUCCCUCCAUCUAAGCAGGGAUGGCGGCUAGAAUUGGGAAAUGUGGAUCUGGGGAAUCCUCUGACCCGGACAGGGACCUGCGGUAACAGUUACCAAUUCGGCGACAGGUCUGAUGGAUAAGAUCCUGUUGCGUCCCUCCCCUUCACCCUUGCUGAGCAACACCCCCCCCACACACACACACACACCUGAACUGGAGCCAGUCACCUCGCCUCUGGGGUGGGGGCAUUUCACGGUUUGUUUUACAAAUUCACCCCCGACUUCUGGCGAGAUAAGUCUCCGGGUGGAGAAAAGAACUGAGGCACCAAGAGAUAAUUGCGAUGCCUGGAGAAGAUACGGGCCUGGAGCACCUCCGCCCACCAGCUCGCCCACCCCAUUCCAGCAGCUCCUCACCCUGCUGACCGCCGAGGGGAGGGCGGCGGCUAGACGAGGACAGGCCCAGAACCUAGUCCCUCGCUGUGCUCACUUUGUUCAGAUACCCUCUCUGCUCUCACACACACAUUCAGGUGGAAAACCGGGAGCCAGAGUCCAAAUGGAAGACGAGAUCUAUCUAAAAGGGCUGGUAAAUCCAUUUGAAAAAAGCCCGAAUCCGCCUCCGGAGUGAGCUGAGCGCAGACCCGGGGCUGCCGCGCAGGCUGGGUCAGUGUUUGCGUGUAUAUGGCUUCCGCGGGCGGCUGAGCCCUAGUGGACUGCCGCGUGUUCGCGUACAAAUGUGCUGGGGGUGUUUGGGUCUCCGCGCAUAGUUUCGGGUGGGGCGCGGUGGGGAGAGAGCCCCCUCGCGUGGGCUAAGAUCUGGCAGCACCGCGUGCUCGGGAGCCCGCGCGCGAGCCCUGCUGCCCGGGCAGACCGGCAACGAGAAACACCCGAGCUCGGGAGCCCUUGAGCGGCGGCCGGGAAGAGCUUGGCUCCACGUGGGGCCGGAGAGAGCGCACAAGCCUGGAGACUCGGCGGCGUUCGCCUCUCCGCGGCGCCCGGCUUUUGUCGCGCCCGGCGGCCGGAUGGCAGCUCACGGGAGCCGGGGCCGUCCGCUCGGCUCGCCCGGAACCGGGUUAAAAGGGUGAACGGGAGAGAGAAACGGCCGCGGCGGCCGGAGAAGCGAGCCGAGCGCGCGAGAGGCGAGCGCCCCUGCCCGGCGCCCGGCGCGCUCUCCGCCUUCCUGGCCAGCCUCGCUAGCGCCCGCCUCCCUCCGGCGUGCUCCCUCCUGCCCAGCCUCCUCCCUCGAUCCCGGGCUGGAUGACUGAGGCAUUUCAGACAUGGACUGAGCCAGAGCUAGCGAGCAAGAGAGCGAGCUCCGGGGCUGCGGCGAUCUCUCGAUAAGCCACCUAGAGGCGACUCGGUGCGCGCGCUCCCCAGUGGCUCCCCGCCCUCCCUCUGAUCAUGUUGACAUAUUCACAGGACAGGCAGUAGUACCGUUGCGGCGCUGCGACGUUACAGUUUCCGACACCUUCUUUUUAUAACUCGGCUCUAUCCCCCAGCACUCGACCUGUGAAAACCACGCCUAUGCAGCAACACAAUUGGUCCGAAAGCGUCAAAGAGCCAAUCAAGAGGCCUCCGGCUCCCCGCAGCCCACAGCAGAGCCCGACCUUCUAGACCGCCGAGCAGACGCCCGGGGAAUUCUAGAGGCGGAGGAGGGUGGCGAGGAGCUCUAGCUGGCUUUCUUUCGCUCCCUCCCUCUCCUGGCGCUCCUUCUCCCACUCCGGUCUCUCUCUCUCUCUCUCCCUCUCCCUUCUUUUCAUUCCCCUCCUCCUCCCCCCCUCUAAAUCCUCCCAGCCCUGCGCGUCUGGACGCAGAUUUAGGAAGGGAAUUCGCUCACGUUUUAGGACAAGGAAGAGAGGCGCGGGAGCAGAGCACACACAGCAAGAUUCGGAUUGAAACCCAGACACCCUCCGGAGGCUCGGAGCGGAGGAAGGUGGAGGAGAAGGACGAACGGAAGCCCGCUUGCAGUUCAAGUUUUGAUAGCGCUGGUAGAAGAGGGCUUCCAUCAAAGAUUUUUUUUUUUUUUAAGGAGAGAGACUUUUUUUUUUUUUUCUGCUCUCUUCGCUCGCCGGUCUAGCGCAACUGCAGACGCCUCCUGCGAGCCAAAGGGAAAGGCUAGAGACGGGGGGGCGGGGGAAGAAGAAGGAGAAGAAAAGGUAAAAAAAAAAAAAAAAAAAAAAAGUCUCCUAGGAGAGCAGUCCGCAUUGGCAACAAAGAACUGGGGGCUGAGGAGCGAUCGCCGGGACCCAGGGCAGGCGUGUCUAUUUCGAGCCAAGCGGCAGGGCUCCGGCGCGAGUCCAGUCCCUGCUCGUUCCCCUCGCCUCGGAAACCGACUUCCAGGGGCGGCUUUUUGGAAACGCCAGACACCGGGACAGUCACCCAAACGACUAUGUCUCCUGAUUUCUCGCCUUGCCCUCUUUAAAAGCGGCCUUCCCCUGCCCCAAAGACACUUCCCACUCUUCACUUUGAGGUGCUUUAGCUGUGAACCUCCCACCGCCUUUUUUUUUCUUUCGCUUUUUCCCCCCGUCCAAACUAUGCGCUGCUGUUAAAAAACAAAACUAAACUAAACUAAACCGCUGCGGACUUGUUCCCGGCUGGAGCCCAGCGCCCCGCCUGGAGUGGAUGAGCCUCUCCAUGAGAGAUCCGGUCAUUCCUGGGACAAGCAUGGCCUACCAUCCGUUCCUACCUCACCGGGCGCCGGACUUCGCCAUGAGCGCGGUGCUGGGUCAUCAGCCGCCUUUCUUCCCCGCUCUGACGCUGCCUCCCAACGGCGCGGCGGCGCUCUCGCUGCCCGGCGCCCUGGCCAAGCCGAUCAUGGAUCAAUUGGUGGGGGCGGCCGAAACCGGCAUCCCAUUCUCGUCCCUGGGACCUCAGACCCAUCUGAGGCCCCUGAAGACCAUGGAACCCGAAGAAGAAGUAGAAGAUGACCCCAAGGUACACCUGGAGGCCAAAGAACUUUGGGAUCAAUUCCACAAGCGGGGCACGGAGAUGGUCAUUACCAAGUCGGGAAGGCGAAUGUUUCCUCCAUUUAAAGUAAGGUGUUCUGGGCUGGAUAAAAAAGCCAAAUAUAUUUUGUUGAUGGACAUUAUCGCUGCGGAUGACUGUCGCUAUAAAUUUCACAAUUCCCGGUGGAUGGUGGCAGGAAAGGCUGAUCCUGAAAUGCCGAAGAGAAUGUACAUUCACCCGGACAGUCCUGCUACUGGGGAACAGUGGAUGUCCAAAGUUGUCACUUUCCACAAACUGAAACUCACCAACAACAUUUCGGACAAGCACGGAUUUACUUUGGCCUUCCCAAGUGAUCAAGCAACGUGGCAGGGGAAUUAUAGUUUUGGUACUCAGACUAUACUGAACUCCAUGCAUAAAUACCAGCCCCGGUUCCACAUCGUGAGGGCCAAUGACAUCUUAAAACUUCCUUAUAGUACUUUUCGGACGUACUUGUUCCCCGAAACUGAAUUCAUCGCUGUGACUGCAUACCAGAAUGAUAAGAUAACUCAGUUAAAAAUAGACAACAACCCUUUUGCAAAAGGUUUCCGGGACACUGGAAAUGGCAGGAGAGAAAAAAGAAAGCAACUCACCCUGCAGUCCAUGAGGGUGUUUGAUGACAGACACAAAAAGGAGAAUGGCACCUCAGACGAGUCCUCCAGCGAACAGGCCGCCUUCAACUGCUUCGCCCAGUCCUCCUCCCCGGCCGUGUCCACCGUAGGAACAUCCAACCUCAAAGAUCUGUGUCCCAGCGAGGGGGAGAGUGACGCGGAGGCUGACAGCAAAGAGGAGCACGGCCCCGAGGCCUGUGACGCAGCCAAGAUAUCCACCACCACGUCGGAAGAUCCGUGCAGGGACAAGGGCAGCCCGGCCGUCAAGCCGCACCUCUUCGCGGCUGAGCCCGGCGGCCGACCCCGGGACAGCGGGCGGCUUGACAAGGCGUCGCCCGACUCGCGCCACAGCCCGGCCACCAUCUCGUCCAGCACCCGCGGCCUGGGCGCCGAGGAGCGCCGGAGCCCGGGCCGCGACAGCGCGGCCACGUCCAAGGCCGCCGAGGAGGCGCGCGUGCUGCCGGGCAAGGAGGCCUUCGCGCCGCUCACCGUGCAGACGGACCCAGCCGCCGCGCACCUGGGCCAGGGUCCCCUGCCUGGCCUCGGCUUCGCCCCUGGCCUGGCCGGCCAGCAGUUCUUCAACGGGCACCCGCUCUUCCUGCACCCCGGCCAGUUCGCCAUGGGGGGCGCCUUCUCCAGCAUGGCGGCCGGCAUGGGGCCUCUGCUGGCCACAGUGUCCGGGGCCUCCACCGGCGUCUCGGGCCUGGAUUCCACGGCCAUGGCCUCGGCUGCCGCGGCGCAGGGACUGUCGGGGGCGUCGGCCACCCUGCCCUUCCAUCUCCAGCAGCACGUUCUGGCCUCUCAGGGCCUGGCCAUGUCGCCUUUCGGAAGCCUGUUUCCUUAUCCCUACACGUACAUGGCCGCAGCGGCAGCCGCUUCCUCGGCGGCAGCCUCCAGCUCCGUGCACCGCCACCCUUUCCUGAACCUGAACACCAUGCGCCCGCGGCUGCGCUACAGCCCCUACUCCAUCCCCCUGCCGGUGCCAGACGGCAGUGGCCUGCUCACCACCGCCCUGCCGUCCAUGGCCGCCGCCGCCGCCGCCGCAGCGGGCCCCCUCGACGGCAAGGCCGCCGCCCUGGCCGCCAGCCCGGCCUCGGUGGCCGUGGACUCGGGCUCGGAACUCAACAGCCGCUCCUCCACGCUCUCCUCCAGCUCCGUGUCCCUGUCGCCCAAACUCUGCCCGGAGAAGGAGGCGGCCACCAGCGAACUGCAGAACAUCCAGCGGUUGGUCAGCGGCCUGGAAGCCAAGCCCGACAGGUCCCGCAGCGCCUCCCCGUAAACCCCUCCCCAGAAAAGUCUCUUCAUUCCAGUCCAAUCCAGUCUGCAGUGCACUUUGUCGGAUGUCACAUAAACCGCGGGCGUGCAGUGAGGUCAGCCCUUUUUUGUGGAGCCCUGUCUGGGAAAGGGGUGCUGGACUCCCUGGAGAGAAUGUGCUAGAAACAGGCCCUGUCUUCUUGGCUGUGGUUUAUACAUCCGGGAUCUGGCUCAGAAACGUCCCAGUUGCAUUGAGCUGUUGGGGUAGGAGUUAAAGCGUUGGCUGCCAGAGCAACUCCUUGGGGGCUGGUCUGGAAGCUGUGGGAAGGUCCGAGGUAGCCAGGCCCCAGGAGGGGAGGUGUUGAAAAGUUUCUCCCCCAGUGAAGAUAUAUAUAUAUAUAUGUUUGUUUUUUUUUCUUCACCGUCCCAAGUGGAAACAAAAUUGAAAAAAAAAUACUGGGGACAAAUGGAUACAUUAACAUGAUUCUGUUCGUGAAGAUUAAAAACUUUCUAGUGACGUGCAUAUCAGUUCUAAAUAAAUUACUGGGCAGCAUUGUUUGGGGAGGGAAGUCUCUGCCAUUCUUGUUUAGUCUGUAUUAAAGAAAUCUGUGUCUUUUUAAUAAUUCUUGUGAUGUUUUAAGAGCUCUAGGUCUCUUGCAUGUUCCACAAUAAUGUAUUUGUGGGUUUUAUUUUUGAAUGCUUGCUUUUAGAGAGAAAAUAUGACCCCUUAUCUUUUCCUAGAUCAUUGACAACCCUAAGGGGGAUGACUUAAAAGGAAGGGAUGGGGAAGAUACCAAAAAUGAAUUUAUUUUAUCUAAGCUCUGUAGCAGGAUUCAUGUUGUCCCUCUGGCAGUUCUUUUCUGUUUCCUGUAUAUGCAAUAACAAGGUUUUUAAAAAAAAAUAAA